AUGUCGCCGUCCGCCAUCGUCGCGUUCCUCCUUAUCGCGUUUCUUCUCGCUUCUGCGUACGACGCGUACCGGAGCAGGGACGGAGCCGUCAAUUUUCUUCGACAUUACGGCUAUCUCGACAGCACCGCCAAUCGAUCCCUGAUCACGAACGACGAGCUGCGUCACGCGGUUUCGCUGUUUCAAGAGUACUACCGCCUUCCGGUCGACGGUACGCUGAACAACGUGACGCUUCGUUACAUGGCCAAACCGCGCUGCGGGGUGACCGACGCGCCGAGUCGCCGGCUCGGCGUCGCGCCGUUGCGGUGGCCGAGGCUGAAUCUUACGUGGAACUUCCAACUUGCGGACCGGACCACCUUGCGAACGACAGAGACCGCCUUCGCUAUCUGGGCCGCGAACUCGUCGCUGACGUUCUCGCGCGACACGAACGAGCCGGACAUCAUCAUAGCGUUCCGCGAGGGUAGGCACACGAUGCUGGACCGUAGGUACGGCGGCACCGUUUGCCCCGACGACCUCGAUGGGCCUAGCAAGGUGCUCGCUCACGCGACGUUACCCACGGGCGCCCAGGACGACGUGUCGGAGGUGCACGUCGACCACCGCGAGGUGUGGCACAUCGCGCUGACCCCCAAUCCGCAGAACUCGCAUUACCUGCUGCGAAUGCUCGUUCACGAGAUCGGCCACUCGUUGGGUCUGUCGCACACCACGGACGAGAACUCGCUCAUGUACGCGUACUCGCCCGCCGUGGAAUGGCCGGUGGCGCUCGGUAUGGAGGACGUUCUCGCCGUGCAGAAUCUCUACGGCGCCGCGGAGGGCGAGCCGUCGACCGCGGCGCCCGCCGAGCCUACGGUCGUACCAAGGACUACGACGCCCGCGAGUACGACUACGACGACGACAUCGCCGGAACCGCCCGAUCCGUGCGCCUGGCGCCAUAUUGACACCCUGCUCGUGCUGGGAAAGUGCUUGUUCGUCACGCGCGGGCGGUACGCGUGGUCGAUCGGUCUGGGUGGGAAGAUCGUCGACAGACCGUUCGUCCUGGAGGAUUACGCGAGGUUCCUGCCAAAGGCAGUCACGCGCCUGUCGGCGGCGUAUCAGACGGUUAAGGGGGACCUGGUGCUGUUCGCCAAUGGAUGGGUGCACAUGGUGUCUUAUCCCGCUCUCGAGUUACGCGUGUCGUGGCCGCAACGCGUCGCGGAUCUCGGGCUUCCGCCAAACGCGGUGAUCAACGCUGUGCUGAACUCGCACACGGAUCGCACCUACGUCAUAUACAACGAUUACGCGGUACUGGAAAUGGACGAAUGCAAUAUGACGGCUCACGGGUACCACACGCUGCAGACGGUUUUCCUGGGUAUACCGUCGUUGGUACGCACGGCCUACCGCUACACCGAUGGACACCUCUACUUCGUUCAUCGGGAUAGCUUCUUCGCGUACAAGUUCACUGAGACCGUGACGAGGUCCGGGGAGUUCGAUGUCGACGUGAUCGGCGUGACGUGUCCGAGGGAGGAUAUCCUACGGAAACUGUGGGAUCUGCUCGCUCGACUCGCUCCUUCCAGCGUCGCGUUUGAUUAG